AGAACCUGUUCGGUGGCUGCAGGUGGCUGAAGACGGCCUUGCAAUCAUCUCUACUGUAUGGGCAGGAAAGUAUCUAGUCGAAGCAACGCAAGAGGCGGGGUCAAUAUUACGACAUGCACCAUGACAACAAGGUCAUUCACUCUGGAUGAAGCUCUACAGGGCUCGGAACACAACCCCAUUAACUCAGGUUGUUCCCAAUAUCCCAACACCUCGCUAUUGUCGUCGCUAUCGCCGUCACCACCGAUACAGCCAUGCGUGCCACAUCUAGCUUCACGAUAGCCAUUACCGGCCUUCUGUUGGCAAACCAAGGUUCAACAUACCCGAUCGACAACGACGUCCAACUUCCCUUCAACGAGGGAGAACUUCAGCAGCCUUUCUCCGAUGGCUCGUAUUCCUUCUUUUCGACCAUUAGAGACGUCCUAGUUGAUCACGAAAUCAUCGGCGACGUCCUUGACGACUUUGAACCCUCCUACUACCUCGACAUCAGCUACCCGAAUUCCCACGAGACUGUCCUCUUGGGAAACGACAUCCCCGUCGACUCAGUAUCGAACCGACCCGUCUUCACCUUCCACUCCAUAAAUUCUCCAUCCAACACGGACGGAGGCAAGAAGUCUACCUUCACCCUCGUCUUGACGGAUCCUGAUGCCAAGUCUCGCGACAAUCCAAAGUGGUCUGAAAUGUGUCACUGGAUCCUCACCAACUUGACCACCCCGAUCCCAGUGCCUCCCGCGGUGUUCCAGGUCAUGAAAGCCAAACCCGGUGAGCUCGAGGAAUAUCUUUCGCCGGGUCCACCCCCAAAAACGGGCGCGCAUCGAUAUGUUUUCGUCUUGUUGGAAGGCGAAACUUCGACCCUGAAGGCGCCAGCCGACAGAAAGCACUGGGGCUAUGGCAAGCCCAGACACGGGGUGCGGAACUGGGCAAAGGAAAACGAUUUGACUGUUGUGGGCGCGAACUUCUUCUAUGCUCAAAAUGAGGAGCAAUAGUGGAAAUGGGCCUGGUUUCCAGAAACCAACAAUUUCUUCAUGUCCGAGCUUCCUUAAAAAGCCGUAUCGCUGCAAAACCUCUCCACACCUCGUCCAUAGCGUCCUUUCCCUGCUUCAAGUGCUUCUCAGCUGCCCCCAAGGAAGCCACAUCGGCCGCCUCGGCUGCAAACAUCCACGCUUCAAGUCGUGUCGACACUUCGUCCUGCGUCUCCGUUCCAGUAUCCUUAUUUUGCUUGUCGCCAAAAGUGGAUCUAGCGUGCACGAAGCGUCCGGAGCCAGCAAGGAGCGGAAAGGCUUGGAGGAGCUGGCUUUCAUCGCUGUGUCUGUCAAGCAUGUUGAUUGUAGUGGCGGAUUCUUUGCGCAGCUGUUCGUCCAUCAGCGUGAGGUGGGAGGACGACAUUCUCUGUUGCUGUAGAGAUGGGAGUAAACAUUUUUCCACCGUAUUUGUAAGAUCAGUGGCUCGAGGCUUUAAUGGUUGCUCCACUGACUUGUUGCCUCCUGGGCUUUGCGACUCUUUCUCGGGUAGAGGUGAUCUCAAAUCGGUGGCAGCAGAGAGGAGCCGUCUCCGCGCCUCGACAUACUGAUCGUAUUGAAUGCCAAUCUGC